UCCGAGCGCUCGCGACCGCGCCCGCAGCACCGGCCGACAUGAAGACCCCCGGCGAGGUGCUGCGCGAGGGCGAGCUGGAGAAGCGCAGCGACAGCCUGUUCCAGCUGUGGAAGAAGAAGCGCGGCGUGCUCACCCCCGACCGCCUGAGCCUUUUCCCCACCGGCGCCGGCGCGCGCCCCAAGGAGCUGCGCUUCCACUCCAUCCUCAAGGUGGACUGCGUGGAGCGCACGGGCAAGUACGUCUACUUCACCAUCGUCACCACCGACCGCAAGGAGAUCGACUUCCGCUGCGCGGGCGAGAGCUGCUGGAACGCGGCCAUCACGCUGGCGCUCAUCGACUUCCAGAACCGCCGCGCCCUGCAGGACUUCCGCAGCCGCCAGGAGCGCGCCGCGCCGGCCGCGCAGCCCGAGGCCGCGACGGCCCGCGCGCCCUGAGCGCCGCCGCGGAACCACACACUGGACGAGUCGGGCCGGACGCGAGCUGCGCCGGCAGGAGCCCGGGGGAUUCCUGGGGCCGCGAGCCCGGGCGGGAGGCCAGCCGCUGACCACGGCGAGGACAAAGGCAGAGAAGGACCCUCCCGUGCGGAACCGCAGAGCCUCACCCCCGCUGUGCGGGCGCAUUAAAUUAUUGGACUAUCUAUGUAUUUAUUUUGAUGGUAUUUGUGGUAAAACCAUCUGUCUUAAUAUAUAUAUAUAUAUAUUUUUCACCAAUAUGUCCAUUCCAAAUAAACUCCUUGACCAGUUCUCUUUUCUACCA